AUGCAACAGCCACCACAACAAGAACGUUCGCCGACAGAAUUUCUAAGUAAUGUUAUUGGUAGACCUGUCGUAGUCAAGUUGAAUUCUGGGGUGGACUAUCGAGGUAUUUUUGAAUGGUUUAUUACG